CCAUUUCCUUCUCAGGCCCUUCCUGCUCUCCAUACUCUCCUCCACACCCUGAGCCCUGGCACUGCCUCCUGUCCUGCUCUUUCAUAGUGCCUGGGCUGGAGGGGAAGGGAGUCAGCCAGCCAUCAGUCUGGAUAAGGUUUCAAGGGCUGCUGUCUCAGGAUGUCAGUCUUCAGACUGGGUGACCAUGUGUGGCUGAAUGCCCCCUUUGCCAACAAAACCAAUGUUGCUAUCGGGGGCAUCAUCAAAGAAAUAAAGCCUGGCAAGAUCUUGGUUGAAGAUGACGAGGGCAAGGAACACUGGAUCCAAACAGAGGACCUUGGUACCCUCAGCCCUAUGCACCCAAACUCGGCUCAGGGUGUGGAUGACAUGAUCCACCUGGGGGACCUGAAUGAAGCAGGCAUGGUGCAUAACCUCCUGAUCCGCUACCAGAAGCACAAGAUCUAUACGUACACAGGCUCCAUCCUGGUAGCCGUGAACCCGUUCCAGGUGCUGCCCCUCUAUACUCGGGAGCAGGUACAGCUGUACUACAACUGCCACAUGGGCGAGCUGCCUCCACAUGUCUUUGCCAUCGCCAACAAUUGCUACUUCAACAUGAAGAGGAACAAGAGGGACCAGUGUUGUAUUAUCAGUGGUGAGUCUGGGGCAGGGAAGACGGAGACUACCAAGCUCAUCCUGCAGUUCCUAGCCACAGUCAGUGGCCAGCAUUCAUGGAUUGAGCAACAGGUCCUGGAGGCCAACCCCGUUCUGGAAGCCUUUGGAAAUGCCAAGACAAUCCGAAAUGACAACUCAAGCCGCUUCGGGAAAUACAUCAACAUCUACUUCAACCCCAGUGGGGUAAUUGAAAGUGCAUGCAUUGAGCAAUUUCUCCUGGAGAAGUCCCGAGUCUGCCAUCAGGCCCCAGAAGAGCGAAACUACCACAUCUUCUACUCCAUGCUCAUGGGGAUGAGCAAGGAAGAGAAGGAGCUGCUGCACCUGGGGAUGCCCUCUGACUACCGCUACCUGACCUUGGGGAACUGCACUUCCUGUGAGGGGCUCGAUGAUGCCAAGGACUAUGCCCACGUGCGCUCAGCACUGAAGAUCCUCAUGUUCUCUGACUCUGAAAACUGGGACCUCAGCAAGCUGCUGGCAGCCAUUCUUCACCUGGGGAAUGUAGAGUUUAUAGCUGCAGUCUUUGAAAACCUGGAUUCCUCCGAUGUGAUGGAGACACCUGCCUUUCCCAUUGUGGUGAAGUUACUGGAGGUGAAGCACCAGGCACUCCGGGACUGUCUGAUCAAGCACUCCAUCAUCAUCUGUGGGGAAGCUGUCACCAGACCUCUGAACAUCACCCAGGCUGCAGACCGAAGGGAUGCCUUUGUCAAGGGCAUCUAUGGGCACCUCUUCCUGUGGAUUGUCAAGAAGAUCAAUGCUGUGAUUUUCACUCCACCUGCCCAGGACCCUAAAACUGUGCAAAGGGCCAUCGGCCUCCUAGACAUAUUUGGCUUUGAAAAUUUCCAGAACAAUAGCUUUGAGCAGCUCUGCAUCAACUUCGCCAAUGAGCACCUGCAGCAGUUCUUUGUGCAGCACGUGUUCACCUUGGAGCAGGAGGAGUACCACUCUGAGAACAUUGCCUGGGACUUCAUUCACUACACCAACAACUGGCCUACCCUGGACUUGAUGGCCUUCAAGCCCAUGAGUAUCAUUUCCCUCCUGGAUGAGGAGAGCCACUUUCCACAGGGGACAGAUAUCACCAUGCUGCAAAAGCUGAACAAUGUCCAUGCCAAAAACAAGGCCUUCUUGCAGCCCAAGAACAUCCAUGAUUCCAGAUUUGGCAUUGCCCACUUUGCUGGUGAGGUGUACUAUCAGGUAGAAGGCUUCUUGGAGAAGAAUCGAGAUGUGCUGAGCACAGAUAUCCUCACCCUGGUCCACUCCUCCCAAAACAAGUUCCUGAGGGAAAUCUUUAAGCUGGAAUCAGCAGAAAUCAAGCUGGGCCAUGGAACCAUCCGGGGGAAGACAAGGAGCCAGUUCUUCAAGUCUGCAGACUCUGGCAGGCAGCCUGCCACCUUGGCAAGCCAGUUUAAGCAGUCCCUGGACCAGCUGAUGAAAAUCCUGACCAACUGUGAACCCUACUUCAUCCGCUGCAUCAAACCCAAUGAGUACAAGAAGCCACUGCUCUUCGACCGCCAGCUGUGCCUUCGGCAGCUGCGCUACUCUGGCAUGUUGGAGACCGUGCGCAUCCGCCAGGCGGGCUUCCCUCUGCGCUACACCUUCCAGCAGUUCUCCCAGAGGUUCCGAGUCCUGCUGCCCAGCGCCUUGCGCCAACAGCUUAAGGAUAAGUUUCGACAGAUGACGAUGUGCAUCACUGAAAUGUGGUUGGGAAAAGACACAGACUGGAAAAUGGGAAAGACCAAAAUUUUCCUGAAGGAUAACCAGAAUACUUUGCUGGAGGUACAGAGGAGCGAGGCCCUGGAAAAAGCAGCAAUCAGCAUCCAAAGAGUCCUUCGGGGCUACAGAUACAGGAAAGAGUUUCUGAGGCAGCGGCGCGCGGCUGUGACCCUUCAGGCAGGGUGGAGAGGCUACCGCAACAAACGGAACUUCAAGCUGAUCCUCUUGGGUUUUGAGCGCCUGCAGGCCAUCACCCGAAGCCACCUGCUGGUGAAGCAGUACCAGGCCGUUCGGCAGAAGACAGUGCAACUUCAGGCCCUUUGCAGGGGCUACCUGGUGCGCCUGGAAGUACAGGCCAAGAAGAGGGCAGUUUUGGUCAUCCAGGCAUAUGCCAGGGGCAUGGCUGCCCGACAGAAUUUUCGGCGGCAGAAAGCCAAUGGGCUGCUGGUCAUCCCAGCUGAAGAGCCAAAGGGCCUGAGUUCUCCACCCACCAGGAAGCGCAAGUCAAUCUACAACACUGUUACAGACACAGAGAUGGUUGAGCAAGUGUUUGGCUUCCUCCCGUCCAUGAUUGGAGGGCAGGAGGGCCAGGCCUCACCUCACUCUGAGGAAAUGGAAACAAAGACCCAAAAACUGCCCGAGAUUGACCUGGACACAGUCCCCAUGGUGGAAGAUCCCGAGGAGGACAUGGACAGCCUGGCUGAGUACAGCUUCCCCAAGUUUGCUGCAACCUACUUCCAGAAAUCGGCCAGCCACUUGCAUAUCCGGAAGCCCCUUCAAUACCCGCUGCUCUACCAUGAGGAUGAUGCUGACUGCUCGGGUGCCCUGGCUGUGUGGACCAUCAUCCUGAGAUUCAUGGGUGACCUUCCAGAGCCAGUCCUCUUUGCCAGAAACCACUUGAGUGGCAACUCAGUGAUGCAACAGACCCAUAACAUCAUGGGCAAGGAGAGCAGAACCCAGUCUCCACAGCACAAAUAUGCACAGAGGCCCAGCCUCAGAAACAGAGGGACCAAAGACAUUUCCUUCAUGAAGCUGAGGCGCUCCUCCCAGAUCACAGGCCAGGUUGCCAACCAACUGAAUUUCGGAGAGGAGACAUUUGAGUCUGAUGGCUCUAUCUCAGACCGACCCAUGUCCAACCUGGAGAAGGUGCACUUCAUUGUUAGUUAUGCCAUCCUGAAGCCCAGCCUCAGGGAUGAGAUUUACUGCCAGAUCUGCAAGCAACUGUCGGAAAACUUCAAAAUGAGCAGUGUGGCCCGGGGCUGGAUCCUGCUCAGCCUCUGUUUAGGCUGCUUCCCACCCUCUGAGAGGUUCAUGAAGUAUCUGCUGAACUUCAUUGGUGAAGGGCCAGCCAGUUAUGGGCCCUUCUGUGCUGAGCGCCUGAGACGCACCUAUGCGAAUGGGGUUCGCAUGGAGCCCCCCACCUGGCUGGAGCUACAGGCUGUCAAGUCCAAGAAACACAUCCCGGUCCAGGUCAUCUUGGUGACUGGAGAGAACCUGACUGUCAUGGUGGACUCAGCCUCAACAUCUCGGGAAGUCUGCCUGCACAUUGCCCGCAAGCAAGGCCUCAUUGAUCACUUGGGCUUUUCCCUCCAGGUUGCUGUGUAUGAUAAGUUCUGGUCCCUGGGCAGUGGGCGUGACCAUGUGAUGGAUGCCAUUGGCCAGUGUGAACAACUGGCCCGAGAGAGGGGUGAGAGUGAGCGCCACUCGCCCUGGCGCCUCUACUUCCGGAAGGAGUUCUUUACCCCCUGGCAUGAUUCCCAAGAGGACGCUGUCAGCACUGAGCUCAUUUACCGCCAAGUUCUGCAUGGAGUCUGGUCCGGCGAGUACAGCUUUGAGAAGGAGGAAGAGCUCGUGGAGCUGCUGGCCCGGCACUGCUAUGUGCAGCUCGGCGCCUCGCUUGGGAGAGAGGCAGUCCAGGAGCUUCUGCCCAGCUGCAUCCCCUCCAAACUGUACAGGACCAAGCCCCUGGAGCAGUGGGCUAGCCUUGUCACUGCCGCCCAUGCCAAGGCACCAUACACCCAGAAGCGGGCUAUGCCACGGGACGUGCAAGAGCAGGUGGUGGAUGCCGCCCGCCUGCAGUGGCCACUGCUCUUCUCCAGACUCUUUGAAGUUACCACCUUCUCUGGACCCCAACUGCCCAAAACUCAGUUGAUCUUGGCUGUUAAUUGGAAGGGGCUGUAUUUCCUGGACCAGAAGGAGAGGACACUCCUAGAACUCUCUUUCCCAGAGGUCAUGAGUCUGAUCACCAACAGGGAGGCCCAGGGUGGACAGAGGCUGUUGCUGUCCACACUAUAUGAAGAGGAGUAUGAGUUUAUGUCCCCCAGCAGUGUGGCCAUCGCCGAGUUGGUAGCCAUGUUUCUGGAGGGCCUGAAGGAGAGAUCCGUGUUCGCUAUGGCCCUGCAGGACCAGAAGGCCACAGAUGACGCCACCCUCCUGCCCUUUAAAAAGGGGGACUUGCUGAUCCUGACCAAGAAGCAGGGACUGUUGGCCUCUGAGAACUGGAUCCUGGGCCAGAACCACAGGACAGGCAAGACAGGGCUGAUGCUUACCACCCGUCUCUAUGUCAUCCCAACAGUCACCAAGCCCUCUGCACAGCUGCUGAGCUUGCUGGCCAUGUCACCAGAGAAGCGGAAGCUGGCAGCUCAGGAGGGGCAACCGGCAGAACCACUGCCUGAGGAGCAGGCCAAGGAGAAGCUGCACACCCUGGAGACAUUCUCCUAUGAGUUCUUUAGAGCCCUGGAGAAGGAGACAGUCAGCAGAGCCAUGUACCCCCUGACCAGGUCCCGAGGCCACCUGUGGGCUCACUCCCCUGAGCCACUGCGGCAGCCUCUGCUCAAGCGUGUCCAUGCCAACACGGAACUGUGGGACGUCAGUUGUCAGAUCUUCAUCGCCAUUCUCAGGUAUAUGGGCGAUUACCCCUCUCGGCAGGCCUGGACCUCCAUGGAGCUCACUGACCAGAUCUUCUCGUGGGCCCUCCAGGACACGGUUCUGCAGGAUGAAGUCUACUGCCAGAUUCUGAAGCAGCUGACACACAAUACCAAGAGGUAUAGCGAAGAGCGGGGCUGGCAACUGCUAUGGCUCUGCACUGGUCUCUUCCCACCUGGCAAAGCGCUAAUGCCCCACGUCCAGAAAUUCAUAGACACAAGGAGGACGAAGCUGCUGGCCCCUGACUGCAGCCGCCGCAUCCAGAGGGUGCUGAGGGCGGGGCCCCGGAAGAAGCCCCCACACCAAGUCGAGGUGGAGGCCAUAGAGCAGAACAUCUCCCGCAUCUGCCACAAGAUCUACUUCCCCAACAACACCAGCGAGAUGCUGGAAGUGGGUGCCCACAGCCGGGUGCGGGACGUGUGUGAAAGCAUCUCCGCCAGACUGCAGCUGGCCUCCUGGGAAGGCUGUAGCCUCUUUAUCAAGAUUGCAGACAAGGUCAUCAGCCAAAAAGAGGGAGACUUCUUCUUUGACUCCUUGUGGCAAUUGUCUGACUGGGUGAAGAAGAGCAAGCCUCAGAAAGAAGGGGCCCCUGUGAUGCUCCCCUACCAGGUGUACUUCAUGCGAAAACUGUGGCUCAAUGUGGCCCCAGGGAAGGACGUGCAUGCCGACACCAUACUCCAUUACCACCAGGAGCUGCCCAAGUACCUGCGUGGGUUCCACAAGUGUUCCCGGGAGGAUGCCAUCCAGCUGGCAGGCCUCAUCUACAAGGCCCAGUUUGACAACGACCAGUCCCAGCUAGCUAACAUCCCCAAGAUCCUGAGGGAACUUGUGCCGGAAAAUCUUAUGCGCCUGAUGUCCUUGGAGGAAUGGAAAAAGAACAUCCUUCUGGCCUAUGACAAGCACAGGGACAAGGCAGCGGAGGAGGCCAAAGUGGCCUUCCUAAAGCGGAUCUGCCGGUGGCCCACCUUUGGGUCGGCCUUCUUCGAGGUGAAGCAAACCUCGGAACCCUCCUACCCAGACAUCGUCCUCAUUGCCAUCAACCGGCAUGGAGUUCUGCUCAUCCACCCCAAGACCAAGGAGUUGCUCACCACCUACCCGUUCACCAAGAUCUCCAGCUGGAGCAGUGGUAGCACCUACUUCCACAUGGUGCUGGGGAGCCUGGGCCGAGGCAGCCGCCUGCUGUGUGAGACCUCUCUGGGCUACAAGAUGGAUGACCUGCUGACCUCAUAUGUGCAACAGCUCCUGAACACUGUGAACAAGCAGCGGGCUACCCGGGCCCCAGCCCUGGCUGACCCUUAGCAGCGGUGGUACACUUGCCCAUGCAAUCGACCUUCCCAAUUUGGGGUCCUUUUAGCCUCUACUGGCAGCCUUUCAUGCUGCUCCCUCCCCAGAAUACUCCAAAACCCUCAUCACUCCAGGCAGGACCCCUCCCCUGCAUGGGGCCAGAGGUGGCAGGCCUUCUGACCCAGUGGGCAGAUGGCUGAGACAACCACCCAAGAAUGUUCAAUAAAAAUUCUGGGAACAGGGAA